AUGUUCCUGUCCAUACGACAAGAUGAAAUCAAGCGUCUGCUGCAAAAGCUCUAUCAAAGUUCACACAGUGGCUUUGCAAAUGUUGAACUCAAAUUUUUAUUUUCAGAGCUGGCCUUUAAUAUUAUUAUGAGAAUGGUAGCUGGGAAGCGAUAUUUUGGAGAAAAUGAGGACAGCAAGGAGGCAAAGCAUUUCCGCAAACUUAUUGAUGAAGCGUUUUCACUUGGUGUCGGUUUAAAUUUAGGAGAUUUUCUUCCACUUCUGAGAUGGAUAGGCUACAAAGGGCAUGAGAAGAAUUUGGCUAGGCUAAGUGCGAAGAUGGAUGCAUUCUUGCAAGGUCUGAUUGAAGAGCAUCGCCAUAACAAGAAUGGAAAUACCAUGAUCGAUCAUUUACUUUUUUUGCAAGAAUCACAGCUAGAAUAUUAUACAGAUACAAUCAUCAAAGGGAUUAUGACGGUUAUGUUAAAUGUCGGGACAGAUACCUCUGCAGUGACCAUAGAAUGGGCUUUGUCGGCUUUGCUCAACCACUAG